UGGGGUGCGGUGGGCACCGGUGGCCCCCGGGGGUCAGGGGGAGGCCCUUCGUCCGCCGCGGUCGGUGCUCGUCGCGCCGGGGCGUCUCCUGCCAGGCCGGCUUGGAAAGGCGGUGCCUCCCCACGCGCGUCCCUGCGCGUCCCCGGCCGCGAGCCCUGGGCGGGCGCGGUCGGAGCGCCGUCGGAGCGUCAUCGGAGCGUCGGGACCCACGGCGGGUCGGGGAGCGUCCGGCGAGUGUCCGCGGCGUGACCCGGUUGCAGGGCCUGUGUCGCCCCUCCACCCUAGCUCCACCCAGCUCGCCUCUGCCUUUAUCGAGAGGGUUUUUCCGAGGCUCCUCCAUUAACGAGAACCCCCAAACAACUUUGACAGUAGCUGGCGGGGUGGGCACCGCGUUGGCUCAAGGCCUUGUCUCUGACGUGGACCCACGUCUGCCCCUUGGAACAACAGCCCACUCACGAUUUCUGGGUCUCAGGCUUUUCAUCUGAAAAUGAGGGAAUGGAAAGAAGUGAGCUUUUCUGCCCUAGCCCGGUGGCUUUUUGCUGUCAUCAAAACAAUUUGAUGCUGAGUGGGAGCUACAGGAUGAUGAUGAAGGUGCCCCUUCCUCCUGCAGUCCACAGAUCCUGGUUCCACACAAAUAAGCCUGCUCGUGUGAGAUAAGAAAGGCGUUCCCAGAAGCAGAAAUUCAUUCCUAGUGUAAAAGGCCUCACACCAGAGCUUCGGGGCAGAAGCAGAGGCUGCAGGACAGAACAAAUCUCAGACUUGCUACUCAUCGUGCAGCAGAAAUGACCAUGUUACAGGGGUCAUUCUCAUUUGAAGAUUUAUCUGUGGACUUCACCCAGAAGGAAUGGCAACUACUGGCCCCUUAUCAGAAGGACUUAUACAAGGAUGUCAUGUUGGAGAACUAUAGCAGCCUCGUGUCACUAGGGUAUGAAGUUAUGAAACCUGGUGUCAUCCUCAAGUUGGAGCACGGAGAAGAGCCGUGGACAGGAGAUGGAGAAAUUCCAGGUUCAGACUCUCCAGAACAAGCCUUGCAAGUAAAUGGUCACAUCACUUGGCACAAGGAUAACCAAGAGAAGCUUAAAAAUAUGAAACAAGAUCAAGAAUGUGAUGCACUUGGAAAAAAUUUCAAUCUGAGCAUGAACUUUGUUCCUUUAAGGAAAUCAAACAGUGAAGGUGACAUAGGUGGAUUAAUUUUAAAACAUCAUAUAGAUUUACUUAUUCCAAAAGCAGAUUAUGGAAAAACAGAACCAGCUGACUUAAAUGUAUUUGAUAAAUUGUUUCUCCAUACCAAGACUGAGGAAACUGAUACUUGGUUAAAAUACUAUGAAUGUGAUAAGUAUGAUAAAGCUAGCUGUAAGAAGUCACAGAUUAUCAUAUAUCACAGAACCCGUUUAGGGGAGAAGCUCUAUGAAUGCAGUGAAUGUAGGAAACGCUUCAGUAAGAAAUCAAGUCUCAUUAAACAUCAGAGCAGACACGUAAGAGAAAUAGCCUACGGCUGUGGUAAAUGUGGCAGAACCUUUCCCCAGAAGUCACAGUUUAUUACACAUCACAGAACGCACACAGGAGAGAAGCCUUACAGUUGUAGCCAGUGUGGGAAAGCCUUCUCCCAGAAGUCACAGCUGACAUCCCAUCAGAGGACACAUACAGGAGAGAAACCCUAUGAAUGUGGUGAGUGUGGGAAAGCCUUCUCCCGGAAGUCACACCUCAUAUCACACUGGAGGACACACACUGGAGAGAAGCCCUAUGGAUGCACUGAAUGUGGGAGAGCCUUUAGUGAAAAGUCAAAUCUCAUCAAUCAUCAGAGGACUCACACAGGAGAGAAACCUUUUGAAUGCAGAGAAUGUGGGAAAGCCUUCAGCAGGAAAUCACAGCUCGUCACACAUCACAGGACCCACACAGGAACAAAACCCUAUGGAUGUAGUGAUUGUAGAAAAGCCUUCUUUGAGAAAUCAGAGCUCAUUAGACAUCAGACAAUUCAUACUGGAGAGAAACCCUAUGAAUGCAGUGAGUGUCAGAAAGCCUUCAGAGAGAGGUCCAGUCUUAUUAACCAUCAGAGAACCCAUACAGGAGAGAAGCCUCAUGGGUGUGUCCAGUGUGGGAAAGCUUUCUCCCAGAAGUCACACCUCUUAUCACAUCAGAUGACACACACCGGAGAGAAACCCUUUGUAUGCACUAAAUGUGGGAAGGCCUUCAGUAGGAAAUCCCAGCUUGUCAGACAUCAGAGAACUCACACAGGUGAAAAACCCUAUGAAUGCAGUGAAUGUGGGAAGGCUUUCAGUGAAAAACUAAGCCUCACUAAUCAUCAGAGAAUUCAUACAGGAGAGAAACCCUAUGUGUGCAGUGAGUGUGGGAGAGCCUUUUGUCAGAAGUCACAUCUCAUUUCACAUCAGAGGACUCACACAGGAGAGAAACCCUAUGAAUGCAGUGAGUGUGGGAGAGCCUUUGGCGAGAAGUCAAGUCUGGCAACUCAUCAUAGAACGCACACAGGAGAAAAACCUUAUGAAUGCAGGGAUUGUGAAAAAGCCUUCUCCCAGAAGUCACAGCUCAACAUUCACCAGAGAAUUCACACAGGAGAGAAACCUUAUGGAUGCACUCUUUGUCAGAAAGCUUUCUUUGAGAAAUCAGAACUAAUUAGACAUCAGAGAACUCAUACAGGAGAAAAACCUUAUGAGUGCAGUGAAUGUAGGAAAGCCUUCAGGGAGAGGUCAAGUCUCAUCAAUCAUCAGAGGACACAUACAGGAGAGAAGCCCUUUGAGUGCAGCGACUGUGGCAAAGCCUUCUCUCGGAAGUCGCACCUCAUACCACAUCAGAGAACCCACACAGGAGAGAAACCCUAUGGAUGCAGUGAAUGUAGGAAGGCCUUCUCUCAGAAGUCACAGCUUGUUAAUCAUCAGAGAAUUCAUACUGGAGAGAAACCUUAUCAGUGCAGUGAAUGUGGGAAAGCCUUCUCCCAAAAGUCACAGCUCAUUAAUCAUCGGAGAACUCAUACAGUAAAGAAGUCCUAGGAAUGGCAUUAACACUAGUCUUUGACAGAGAUCUUAACCGCAUUGUACUUCAGAAGAUGUAGUUAUGGUAAAUCUUCCAGGUAAGAGUCGCAUCACGUUACAUGUCUGAGUCCCUGUUUAGGGUAAGAACUCUUAAGUGAGGUUCAGCAGAUUAAUGUGUUUAUUAUUACAUGUUAAAAUGCAUAGAGGUGAAUGACGCUAUGAAAUGCAGUGGAUUUCAAAAACCUUUCAAAUCAUACUCAAACCUUACACAGCAGAGAACUAACAGCAAAGAAGAAUGCUGUGAAUAUCAGGAAGUCUUCCAGAGAUCAGAUCUCAUUAGCUGUCAGAAACUUUCCCACUGGGAAUGAAUCCUAGUCCAGUGAGUUAAGGAAAAACUUCAUGAACACAGCAAGUGAGAUAAUAUUUUCAUCAAGAAAUGAAGCUCAUUGUACACAAAAAGAUGCCCUCAGGAAUGAAAAUCGAUGAAAAUACUAAAUAUGGGACGAUCUUCAGCAAGUAACCCCACCAUAUUGUAUUCUGUGGGUAAACCUAACAAUUUGAAAACAUUAGGAAUAUGUGCCCCUAGAAAUAAUGCUAUAAUGGAAAGCCAUGCAUUCUUUAUAGACAUGGGUACCAAAAAUACCCAAUUCUAAAUGAUAUUUAGGCAGAAGUAUGAAGUUUUUAAAAAUAUGUGACUAAAUUGAGUCACUGGAAUAUCUAAAUGAGAAAUUUCUCAGUGGUAUGUAAUUGUGGCUUAUUUUCCUGUGUCACAUAACGUGUUUUGCAUUUAGGAAUUGCAUAUGGUAAUGUAAUUGGGAGCAUGAGAUGCACAUGCCUUGUAGUGCCUCUGAUGUCUGUCAAGACACAUCACAUGCCACUGGUUUUUCUAUUUUAAUGUUACUAUAAAAAUGGUAACUCAUACAUGUCUUGUUGCUCAGUAAGUAGCAUGGGUAAUAUCACCACAUUUCCUUUUCCUUAUGAUUUGUUGGUUUAUAAAAGGGUCUAUUGUUGUCACUGACCUUUCUCUUUAGUAACAAAAGCCAACAUUAUAUAAAGUCUUUUGCAUCCCCAGAGUCUGAGAAGCAGUUUAUAUAAAACCUGGUUAACAAGUAUUCAAGGGCAGAACCGCAGAACAGCACAAGUGACUCAUGAGCAGAGGAGAGGAGGUGUGUGGACUGCGGCUCUGCGCUCACCCUAAACGGUGGGACCCUCUCCUCACGGAGUGCGGUGCCCCCUGGUAUCGUAAGUGCCAUGUCACCCAAGUACAACUUGUAUUUUAACUUACUGUGAUGAAAUAGCAUGGAUACUGUGUGCUGCCAUUAUGUUUUUCGUGUUCCGUAAGAUAUCUUGUAAAAAAAUUAGAUGCAGAAACCAGUUAUUUGAGAAUUUUGUGGUGAGAAGUAUAUUUUUGACGUAUUCAAGGAAGCCUAUUUUGCCUUCCUGCAGAUUUCUGUGAUUAGUGGACAAGUAUUAGGAAACAGGUUUUUUAUUAUUUCAUCAUUUGAAAUAUUUGUGUUUCACCGGCCUUUCACCUGUUACAUCAUGCACAUGGGAAAGUUACCAUUGCAUAAGUGUGGUUCCUUUUGAAAAUGCAUGAACUAUUCCUGAGCUUAUUUAGAAUUUUGUAGUAAUCUCCCUAUAAUGUUGCUUGACAAAGUCAACUGUAUUUUUUGUGUGAUGGUGAAAUUCAGAAAAGUCCAGGAUUGGCCUUGUUUCCAAACUUGGGAAAAUCAGGCCUUCUCUCAUGCAUAAGUUGUUUUAUCAGUGUGGUGUAUGGUACCUUUGAUUCUAGCAGUAUUUUUCCCUCUAAUUACCAAUUUUACAUCACGGUUGGAAAAUUGGGACUUUUUUUUUUUUUUUUUUUUUUGUGGUACGCGGGCCUCUCACUGUUGCGACCUCUCCCGUUGUGGAGCACAGGCUCCGGUCGCACAGGCUCAGCAGCCAUGGCUCACGGACCCAGCCACUCCACGGCAUGUGGGAUCUUCCCGGACCGGGGCAUGAACCCGUGUCCCCUGCAUCGGCAGGCGGACUCUCAACCACUGCGCCACCAGGAAGCCCGAAAAUUGGGACUUUUAAUAAAUGAUAAUAAUUUUGUGAACCAUUGUUCCAGAAUUUCAACAGCCAGAUAAUCCUUUUUUUCCAUGUGGUAAUUUUUAAAAGUCCCAUUUCCCAAAUUUUUAUUCAUACUCAAAUUUAUGGACUUCCUACUUUUCUUCCUAAUACCUGAAGGUCAUUUUACCAGGUGAGGGAACAAGUAGUUACAGUGUGGUGUUUUACUUUGUGGUGUUUUUCCAUUUUUUCCUUUCCAUCUAUCCUGGGUCUCUUUCCUCAGCCUAGAGGUUGAUUCGUUAGGUCUUGGAUUGAGCUCGGGAGUCUGUUGUCUAAAAACUUUCUAAUUUUGCUCACUCCUAUUCUAGAUUAUUCUGUUAACUAUUAAGUACUUAAGCUUAGAACUUCCUUUACGAGUUGAUGGAACUUCAGCACUAGCCUCUUGAUUGAAUCCCAAGAGCAAAUGUGUUUUCUAAGGGUCUGGUGUUAGUCAUCAGGAGGGCUGAUGCUGGCAGCAGAGGUUUUGUUUAUCAAAGUACCUGAGGUGGAGACCCAGGUGUGUUGUGUAGAAUUCACUGGGAGCUCUCUCUUCUGAAGGGUCACAAGAGGGCUCUGAUUCUGAAAUUGGAGAUUCUUAGUGUCGUGUUUUAAAAUUACCUUGGUAAACCACAAAAGAAUGUGUCUCCACAUUUCCCCUCAUUGAUCCUACCACAAACCCCACAUCAAGAAGAAAACCACUUUUAAAGUUAGACUGGAUUUACUUGCAGUUUCAUGAAGCACAAUAAAUUACAGUGAGAUUGAAUACAUGAGGAGGAGCAUCUCCUUUCCUUUCCUGUUUCACCACCCAGUUCCCUCCGCUGGCCUGGGGACGAUCCUGCAGAGCACAAUUUCUGUUGUAUCCCUUUUACUAAGUAGUGGAUCUUCUGGAGGUCCCGUCUGUGAAUUUUGAGACCUGUCUCAGGACUGCCUUGUGUUCAGCCUUUCUUUGUGGGCUUUGAUAUCUUCUGACAGUUAUCUGUAUGGGUCCAUGUGUUCCUGACAUUUUGGUUUCAAGAACAUCACUUGUAGAGCCCCGAAAUAAAAUGAACCUAAAGAAUACCAGAUUUAUCUACCAAUACCUGUAUUACAUAGAAUAUACAUGCAUAGAUAUUUGGAUUCUACACUUGGGACCUCAGUCAUUUGGUCAUUUAUUCCAGCAAUACGUGCCCAGGAUGUCAAUUUCAAUGAGUUUGUUAGUCUACAAACAUGGUACUGACAAGCUUUCAGAUGUUGAGCACCUGGUCCUGGCCCACAUGCUGAUAAGCUAACUCAGCCAUGACCCUUGCGGCUGUAUUUGCAUAUUUUUGGCCCCUUUACUUUCAUCCUUUUUUAGUCCAUUUUUUGCACUUAUACAUAGUAGUUAUUUUAAGAUGCAAUUCUGAUUAUGUACUCCUGUGCUGAUGUAUCGUGUCGCUAAUUGUGGACUUAAGGUGUAAUAUGCUGUGGUACAUGAGGACUUUUACACAUCAUUUCUGAAUACUUUAUCUUUCCUCUUACACAGUAGUUUUUUGGCUUUCUUGAACUACUCGCAGUUCCUUGAGAUUUCUACAAUCUCAUUGUAUGCUUUUUGCAAAUCUACUGCCAGCGAAAUGCCCUUUGUUACUUGUUAACGCCUCUUCAGCAUAUGUGAACCUGUACAUGUAUUUGUCACUGGUGGUAUUUUCAUUGCAUGUUUUAUCUUUCCCAUUAGAAAGCUUCUGGAAAGCUGGGACUAUCUUGUUUGUCUGUAUAAUUUUAGCAACUGAAGCUUUAGUACAUAAAUGUGGGUGGUGUCAGUGGCUGUGUUUUCUACCACAUGGGGAAGUGUAGUCUGCAAUGAGAGAGAAGAGUGAAGCCACCAUGGAAGCAAAGUCAUGAGCACCCUGGCUGCGCCCCAGAAUCUGGUUCUUGUCUUGAUGUCUGGGUUCAUCUCUGCCCUUUUUCCUGCCUUGGUUGUUGGAUUGUUCUGUGAGAUAUCCCAAACAUCCUUCUAAUAAAUCCCCAUGUUUGCUUCA